UCUGCUGGAUAUGUCUCGCAUGUUGGCCAAAACUUGUGGACGGAGUAACAUUAACAUGGGCCCGCAUUUUCAUACUCUCGGUGUGGUCGCUGGGAUGGUACCUUUUCAGGUGACCGAAAAGGUUUGUUGUGUUUCCCGUCUUGGUUAUCACCGACCGACGGCAUAUUUUGCAGACCGUUUUUAUUUGCGCGUCGUCGCUUUUCAGAUAUCCAAACCACUUCCAUAUAAUUGACGUCUUGUUACCUUUUUUGUCAACAAUUUCCUCAGCUUUGGAAGAUAGUUCGAGUUCACUUUCACCGUCGCUUUCGUGUUCGUCGUUUCCACUCAUUUUUUCUUUACAUUCACUUUCUUCACUGCCGGUAGCUCAAACAGUGCUCCGCUAGCAAUUGGGCGUGUACUUAGACGCACAAGCCCAAAUCUGCGUUCUGACUGGCUGUUGUCCGUUUAUUUCUGCUUUGUAAUAGGCUGUUAGGUCUAUCCAUAUCGAGUAAACGUGUCAAAAGUUUAUCAUCGUAGUCUAAAUAAAUAUUAUCGCGAUGCCAUAUCGAGAUCGUUUUAUCGCCCAGCCCUAGGAGAUGAUGCUUGCUUUCCACUAAAACCGAAUUUAUUUUCUUUCAGGCCUGUCCGCUCUAUCCUUUCCUCUUUGCCAUGAAACUCAGUUCAAUAGGCUCUGUGCAGCGGGGAUUGUGACGUGUUUCCGACUACACUCUCUACUGGGCAAACAGUUUCCGGUUCCGUAUUAGAUCUGACGCGCGAAAGUUAACAACGACACACAUUCUAGUUAUUCUUAUCUUGGCAGCUGAACUAUGGAGAAACGGGUUUUCCGAUAUCAAAAGCUAAUGAGACCUAGUUCGGAACAUUGUUGUGUGCCGUCGUGCGUUGUGUCGGCAAGAUACAACUCGACUGUGAGUUUUCAUUCAUUUCCCGUGGAAGAGGAUCUCAGAAAAAAAUGGAUCGUUAAGAUCAGGAGGGAUGACUUCAAAGUCAACAAAAACACAAAGGUGUGUAGCAUUCAUUUCAAACCUGAUGACUUUAUGGAAGGGACUAGACUGAGACGUCUGAAAAAAGGUGCUUUCCCAACACUGUUUGAGUGGAACCGUUACCAAGUGCAGCCGCCGAGGUCGAGUCUUUGGGAACGGCGAGAGAGACCGCUGCCCCCUGAUCCUGUUUCGGACGUAGAGCAAGAUAUGGACUUUGACGUGGAGAGGACUGGACACGAUUAUUGUUCAGUUCCCGAAGCUGCAGCUGUGGACAUGGUAUUACAUGAAAAUGAGGAGUUGACGAGGGAGAUAGAAGAUCUACGGAAGCAGUUGGACCAGACCAAGAUCAUACUUCGCUUUGGUCUCCAGAGAUUUGCUGGGUCCGAUGAGGACAUACGCUUUUAUACAAGAUUUGCAACCUAUAACCACCUGAUGGCCUUCUGGGAACUGAUUGAACCGGCAAUGCACAGAAUGAUUCAUGUCACCAACUCCAAAGUCACCAAGGAGGCUGGAAACACUCGGGCACUUCCUGCAAUAGAUGAGUUCUUCCUGUUCAUGAUGCAUCUUGCUUUGGGCCUCAAGCAAAAGGACCUUGGUCAUCGCUUCCAUGUACAUCAGGCCACUGUGAGCCGCAUCAUAACAACCUGGGCCAACUUCCUGUACUUUGUCUUGGGGUCAGUGUGCAUUUGGAUGCCGAAAGAGAGAGUACGAGCCCAUCUGCCAGAGGAAUUUCAUCUUUUCCGAGACACACAGGUUAUCCUGGAUUGUACUGAGAUCCGCUGCCAAACACCUUCCUCAUUGCUAUUACAAAGUGAGUUUUUUUCAAACUAUAAGUCUCACUGCACAUUCAAGGCUUUAAUAGGAAUGGCACCUCAUGGUGCAAUAACAUUUGUGUCUGGACUCUAUGCAGGGUCUAUAAGUGACAGGGAGUUGUUCAAACAGUCAGGGAUCUUUAACCUUCUUACUCCUGACAUGGCCAUCAUGGUGGAUAAGGGCUUCUUAAUUGACAGCCUAGUACCAUGCAAAGUUCACCGGCCUGUUUUCCUGACCAAGGGAAAACAAAUGCUACCUCAUGAAGUGACACACACUCAGUCUGUGGCCAGGCUCAGGGUACAUGUUGAACGUCUUAUUCGUCGAGUGAAGGAGCAUAAGUUGUUUGACACAGUCAUCCCCUUGUCCAUUUCUGGUAGCAUAAACCAACUGUUUACAGUGGCAUGUUUGCUUGUGAACUACCAAUGUGGACCACUUGUCAAGGCAUGGAGCCACUGAGUCUAAAAACCCUCAUCCUUGUUAAUGUGCUAAGGUAAAUGUAAAUAUUGUACAUAUACUUUUGUAAAAACUAUGGAUUUCACACUCUGUUCAUAACUCUGAUCAACAGACAAAACUAAGACAGUGUUUCCUUAUGCAUUUUUUAUUAUAAUUUCAUAAUGCAUAACAUAUGUAUUUAU